AUGGCUGUAGGUGACUACGAGGAAAUUCUCAAGUACUAUGAAUUACAUGAAACAAUUGGAACAGGUGGGUUUGCGAAGGUAAAACUUGCGCGACACCUUCUCACUGGUGAAAAAGUUGCAAUAAAAAUCAUGGACAAACUUGCUCUAGGGGAUGACUUGCCUCGUGUUAAAAUAGAAAUUGAUGCCAUGAAGAACUUAAGUCACCAGCAUAUUUGCCAGUUGUAUCACGUGAUAGAGACAUCUAAGAAAAUAUUCAUGGUCUUAGAGUACUGUCCUGGAGGAGAGCUGUUUGAUUACAUAAUUUCUAAGGACCGCCUUUCAGAAGAGGAAGCUCGUGUAUUUUUUCGGCAGAUUGUUUCAGCAAUUGCUUAUGUUCACAGUCAGGGUUAUGCCCACAGGGAUCUCAAACCAGAAAAUCUGCUGAUUGACAAGGAACAUAAUUUGAAGCUGAUAGACUUUGGACUUUGUGCAAAGCCAAAGGGUGGCCUUGAUUACCAUCUGAACACAUGCUGUGGAAGCCCAGCUUAUGCAGCACCAGAGCUGAUUCAGGGCAAAGCAUAUAUUGGCUCAGAGGCAGAUAUUUGGAGCAUGGGAGUACUGCUGUAUGCUCUACUCUGUGGCUCUCUCCCCUUUGAUGAUGACAAUAUCAUGGCUGUCUACAGGAAGAUAAUGAGAGGAAAAUACACUAUUCCAAAGUGGCUCUCUCCUAGCAGUACGUUACUACUUAACCAAAUGCUGCAGGUGGACCCAAAGAAGCGGAUUACAGUUAAACAUCUGCUAAGUCACCCUUGGCUCAUGCAAGGUUAUUCUGAUGCUGUUCAGUGGCAAAGUAAACACCCACUGGGACAUCUUGAUGAAGACUGCGUAACAGAGCUUUCUGUGUUUCAUAAACAGAGCAGGGAGAGUAUAUCGGAAUUAAUAUCAGAG